AUGGCUCAUUCUACCAAUACAGCAAACAGCAAGUGGACUUCAUACCCAUGCCUUCUUCCUACACUGGAAGACUCGGCACAGCAAAAUCAAUUCGAGGCUGCGUGUUAUGCGCAGCACUGUGGACGUUUUGAGCAUGCCACGGCAAUUUACUCAACCGACCUCCCCGCUUCCCAAAUGAAGCCCAUACUUGCCCUUCAACGGGCCGACAUGUUAACCCUCCAAGGUAGCGAACAUGCUAGGAUUGAUCUGCUUGAGCGUGCACUAGGAAGAAUACCACCUGACACGGAGACAAUAAAUGUUGCCAGAAUUCGGCUCCUGAUGAACCUCAUGCUAGCAGAUGCGGAGUUCUGGGCCGAGGGGCUAACCGAGCCUGCAAUGAUCAGCAUUGCGGCAGUGAAAGAACAUUUCCAGGAAGGCAACAUUGGAGUUCAAGGGCUAGAUGAUGUCCAGGUUCGAAUAAUUAUUCUCUUUCAUCAGCUGGCAAUCUCAUUGCGAAGGGUCUCAAAUCUGCUGGGAAAGACGUACGAUGCUAUAUUUACCGAUUCCUGGUUUGAUACGGCCACUGAGCUAAAUCGCCUGAGAAAACAGCUGCAUCAAGAAAAUCGCCUGCAGGCGGCGUCUCAGUUCCUCCUUCUUGAACUGGAACACACUACAUCAGGCAAGCUGAAAGAGACUCUGGUUGAUGCCAUGAGUCUGUGUGAAGAGCUUGAGCAAAGCGGAAUUGCACCACUCCAAGUCCGCGCCAUUGGGGUGAAGCGAAAGCUAUAUUCCAUGACCAAGUCUGAGGAUAAGGAAUCCUCACUCUGGAUCGAGUCUUUUUUCUUACUAUCAAAGAUCAAGCCAAAAGCAUUUCCUACUUGGCAGGCAUGCCUUCCAUCUCUAGACUUGGAGAGCACUCGAUACUUUGUCAUACGGUCCGAGCGCCCCCCUAGUGCCAAAGUGAGAAUGCUACUAGGUUUGGCAGCUAAGGCGAAACAGCAGCUGGACUAUACUCAGGCAAAUCACUGCUACAUUGAAGCACGAAAUAUUUCUCACGAGUGGCUCCGUACAGCUCAAGGUCAGACUGAGAUUGACGGUGCCAUGCGGCAGUUGUAUGAUGUACACAAGAUCUAUCAAGACUUCCAUGAGAAUGUCAGCUGCAUGUAUUACUUUGCCGGAAGCGCGACAGUCGACUACCUCCACACCCUACGAUUAGGCCACAAGUACACCGAGAUGGUCAAGAUAGCUCGCGAUUUUACAGAUGCUCACCCGAACUUUGCCAUCCCUCUGUACCAAGAGCGCAUUCAUGAUGCCCGACUCACUGCAACUCGCAAACUAGAUCUCAAAAGAGAAGAAAAAGAGCUCAAGGCCUCGUAUCGCCCUUGGCUGUUGAAAUGCCCCUUUUGGACUGCCGGCGCCGGCCUCUCAGAGGAAGCUCUACUGGAUCCGUCCUUUUACGUCCAUGAGAUUAACAACGAGGCCUCGGACACAAUGUCUUGGGGUAAGAACGCGGUGGGGCUGAUGUUGAAAUGGGCGGCGUGGGAAUGGGACGCCAAGCUGCUAUCCUGGGAGCACUUACGGCUUCUCUUCGGCGACAAGCUUGGUCAUAGACUGGAAGCCCCACGCAACCCAGUUCAGGUACUUAAAUCUAAGGAAAUUAAGAGCGCCGUGAAUGAAUCUUUGCUGGUGGCCUUCGAUGGCUGGUCAGACGGGGUUGAUGGUGGCCUCGAAAACACAGAGACCUUUAUGACACAAUACGUGAGGCUGAAACGCUGGGCCUUGCUGGACAAAAGACCCCCGUCUCGCGGGGCACGUAUAGUUGCCCUAAGGACUUUUCUCGAGGCUUGUCUUUUCCGUCUCCGCGACACCAUGUGCUCAACUGAGGAGAAACAACCCAGCCCGGAGCAGGCGAGGAAGUUUGAAGCAACUACAGGUCUAUUGAAUGAACUUAGAAGCCUGGAGACCGCUACAAGGGACGCGAUAAGUGUUGAUGAAGAAAAGGCAUCCGCCGUCCGCAUCACGCUUGUCAAGUCUUUUGCACGGAAGGAUAGUGGUGCAGCGGGGCUAGUGACCGACGACGAGUUAAUUGAGCGUCUCCAAGACUGCUCACAACUGACGAUACAAGCACGAGACGCGCGGCAGCCUCUUAGGCAAUAUCAUUUUCUCUGCCAACGCAUGCGAUUGAUCUGGCAGCGACACGUGCAGUGCUCCAGGGCGCUACGUGAUACGGUAGAAGAAAUCAUGCUUCGUGUCAAUGAAGCCCAGGAUGUAUUCUUCAGUGUCCGGGGACAAAUAGUCGGCCUAGAUGCCCCCGAUAGCCUUGUCGCCAGUGUCAAGCUAGCAGAUGAUUUCCAAUUUCGAGAGCACCACAACUUUGCGCUACUUGGCAGACUACUUUCGUUCAACCACUAUGCAAAGCUCUACCGAAACAGUGAAAACCCGGACUUUUACAACCAAGCUGUGUCGGACGUUCUAAAUCUUGCCAUGUGGGCCCGUCGGUCCAAAGGCGCCGGCUUCUCUGAUUUACUCAACUUGGAGUCACAAACACAACGAGCAAUCGAGGAAGCUCAGCAAGCGGAGUUGGGCAGUUCCCCUGAAGUAUCCAGUGCUAUUCAGCAACAAAUGCCUCAUGUACUAAGCCCGCGGUACCCUGAAUGGGUCAGAGUACCCCAAUUUCGAGAAAUGUUGAACACUCUUCCCCCAAACACAGUCAUUGUCGACAUCAUAAAUGUUCCAUACGUUCAAGGAGGGCCCACAAUGUAUGCUCUUGUGUACCGGAGACAGCAGAUGACUAACCCUCCCAUCCCCAUUCCAGUUCUAACCAUGGCUGGGAUCAAUAUAUGGGUGAAGAAGAAUCUCAAUGUUGAGGAGGACGAUUCAAAGCUGAUCAAUCAUCUGGGAAACGCUGAUGCCGAGGCCAAACUAGCCGAGCUGACUGGACUCCUUACACCUCUACUCACAACCCUGCCUCAAUAUGCCAUCCAGCCCGGUGAGACGAUCGUAUUCUGUCCCACAGGCUUACUGAAUCGCAUACCCCUGCAUGCUAUUCCCACGGAGGAGGGUGGUCCGCCCCUGAUUGAGCGGAAUCCCGUAGUCUACUGCCAAAGCCUGACGCUCCUGCACUGGCUGUACCAGAAGACUGUCAAAGCUUCAUCCAAUCCCCACUCGCCGAAGGCGGCUGUGAUAAAUCCACUACCCGAGUCCGCAGCAUCGACAUCUCGUGUCAAAGACCUAGCACGUGCUCUGCAGGCUGAAGAGUCCGCCUUCCAUCACGGCGAGUGGUUAGACCCGCAAACGGUCUGGAACGCCGCUCGAGAUUGCACAGUACUGCACUAUCAUGGACACGUAGUUUACCAGCCAGGGGCAGCAUUGGAAACUCACCUGGCCCUCAAUGAGGCCGCGCUGCUGCCCAUUCUGCGUAAGCGCACUGCUGCGCGUUUUCUGGCUGGCCGUGAAUUCUUCCGUUCCGAAGCUCGUCUAGCGCAACCGGCGCUAGUAACGAUAAUUGGGUGCGGUAGUAGUUUGAGUGGAGUUUCUACCACGGACGACCUACUUGGCCUUCCUACAGCAUUAUUUUAUGCUGGCAUGACAGCCAUGGUAGGCACACUGUGGCCGCUGGAUGAUGAGGACGGGGCGGCAUUUGGAACGACUUUUUAUGGGGCCUUGUUUGAAGAGCGAGAUGCCGUUUUAGGCAGGGUAGAGGCAGCAAAUUUGGACAAGAGACAGCAACAAGAAGAAAUACCUGAGGCUAGUGCAUUUUUUACACGCGCAGUGGAUCUUGCCAAGGUUUUCCAGCAGUCGAUUCUGAGACUUCGCCACGAUGAUGCACGCCAGGACCGGAAGGCGCCGUACAACUGGGCGUCAUUCACUCUUAACGGAUUCUGGUUCCUUCCUAUCAGCUCACUUCCUAUGGCGACUCCAGCAGUGGACAGACAAGGAUGA